CAACGGGGUCGCUCGCAUUUUGUAUGUUGCACUUAAUUUCUCAGACGAUAUUUUUACAUUCGCCCAACGUUAUGAGAAAUCAGCGUAAUUGGUGGAAAAUUCCAACGUGCCAUGCAAUGCUGUGAAGUGUUUAUUUUUCUGAAGCGAGGGCGCAAUAUGUAUUUAUUUGUUUUAAAGGUGCAUUUGCAAACGAUUUUAUGUUAGUGUUUGUUCGAUCAUCAUUUAAUUCGUUCAACAAAUUUUCAAAAGUCGUGAAUGACUCGGAUUUUAGAUUGAAGAGUGUUUCUAACUUUUAUAGCUAAUUAGGUGGUAAUAAUUCUUCUCUUAUUUAUUUCUGUCUAUUUGAAAGAAUUUGGAUGCAAUAAGAGAUUUUAUUGUAAAUAUUAUUUAAAGUGAAAAUGUAAAUGAAUCUUGAAGAAUUUUAAAUACACCGUUUGUUGCCGAUAACCCAAAAACAAUUCUGAUGAAUAAUUAUAUGAAAGAUAAUUAUCGCUAGUUUAGAAUUCAAAACAACUGAAGUCUGUUUAAAAAUUUUUGUAUUUAAAAAUCGUUUUUAGAUCUUCUACACAGCCAAGAAUGUAAAAUUCAGCUGUUCCAGCAUCGAAAAUUUAAAAUCGCUCUUAUUUGUUCUUUGUUGUCAAUUUAUAGUCAAGUGUUGUUUACACUGCUGAUAAUUUCUUUUGAUAAGAGUUUAUUCUAUAUGAUAACAAAUCAGGCUAGGUGAAUGUUCUUGCACUAAAAUAUAUGCAGUGUGUAUUCAGUGCUUUCAAAGAUGAAAAUUAGGCCAGUCAUAUGAAAAGCAAUGUUAUGGAUGAUAGAAUUCUGUGAUGACAAGAAUUUGGUAAAUGUGCAUAAAUCAUAAUAUUUAAGAAUUGGAUCUUUGUGUCUGCGAAUCUUAGUGAAUUGCUAUAUAUGUACCGGCAAUAAAUGAUUCUACUCAAUUGUGACUAUCCUGUAUACUGUGAGUGAUUAUUAAUGAGCUGGCGCAAUAUAUAAACCUUGACAUUACUUAGUUGCAUUUCAUCUUUGCUGUCCAAUUUUAUUGUAUUUAAUUAAAAACUGAAGACAUGGAAAGUGCCAAACGACGUAGAGGAAAUCUGUACAUAUUAACAAGUGAAAAUAACUACUGGCGCGAACCCUUUUACAGACAGUCGUCCAACAGAAGUAACAGACGGUAUUUUCGUACCAGAAACGACAACCGUCAUUCACAAGAUUCUGGGAACUUUAUGCUAUGUGUGGUAUUUGUCCUUUUUUGUUUGUUUUCUCUUAAUUCUGGAAACCUGCCGCACGAGGCGGAUCCAUCUGAAGACGAACCCUUUCCCUCCUCUGAAUGCGAAACUUUGCUGCCUGAAUGCGAAUGUGACGACUAUGGCGGAGUGGCAGGUCUCAUCUGUCAGAAUGUGAGCGAUUUCGAUGCCUUUACCAAGACCCUGGGGGAUGGGUCAUUGUUUGAAAAUGGGACCACAUACGAAAUCACGUUAUCUGGCACGAGGAUCCUGCCACGGCAGUUUCUCAAGGGAUUGAUCGUUUUUCGUUUGUAUAUCGAUGAUCCCCAGACAGCAUUGAUGGAGGAUGGGGCUUUCGAGGGUGUCCUCCGGUUGAAGAGAUUCCAUGUAAGAAUCAGUUCCAUAAAGGAAAUUCCUGACUUCAGUCCCAUCCGGAACUCUUUGAUGAACCUGUACAUGGACAACAGCCUCCUCACCGCUGUCGAUGGUGAUCAGCUCAAGAAUCUGAAACUUCUGGAAACUCUGUCCUUCGUCAACAACUCCAUCAGAUAUGUAGCACCCGACGCAUUUCAGGGUACUGAGAAUUUGAUCAUCUUCGACAUGUCAAACAACUUUUUACAGUUUCUGCCACCAAAUUUGUUCGAUCCUAUGAAGAAGUUGAAAAAGGCGGUGCUUUCUAACAACUACUUGAUGCACGUCAACCAGGUUUUUGCUGUCACACAUCCAAGGUUCAUCUACUUGGACCACAAUAAUCUGACCAAUCUGGACGCGGUGCUUCAUCGCAAUAUGAUCCAAGUGGAGACUGUCCAGCUGUCCUACAACCCCUUCACCAAUGUGACGAUGAACUCUUUCAAUGGCAAACUGGUCCGUGCUCGCUUCUUGUAUCUGGAUCACUGCCUCAUAAAGGAAUUUAACGUGAAGCACUACAUUUCGCUUAACAAUCUGUCGACUCUCGAUUUGAGUUUCAACUUCAUCGAAAAGGUGGUCAAUCAGACCAUUUCCUUCGGGAAAGACGUCGAACUGGACUUCACUGGAAACAAGAUUACAGAAUUUGAUACCGUGCUACUAUACAAUGUUAAGAGAGUCUAUCUGGACAAAAAUCUGAUGACCACCCUAGGAAGAACUCUGCAGUUUAGUCAGAUGGCGCAGGUGCAGAUGGCCGACAACCGAAUCACGUCACUAGAGUACGAGGAGUUCCGCGGGGUGCAUGGAAUCAUGGUGCUUGAUCUGCAAGGGAAUUUAAUCAGCAGUAUCGAACGCGAGACCUUUACAAGCAUCAGGAAAGAUCUGGUCUACCUGGAUCUCAGCAGGAAUAGGAUUCGCAAACUCAAUGGUUGUGUCCAGGCCCUCUCCUUGCUGACCUCGCUCAACCUCACAAACAAUCAGAUAGAGGGCUUCGAAAUUGGAGAAUUCCACGGACUGAAUGAGUUAACGGACCUUUACCUGCAAGGGAACCGCAUCAAGACCCUCGGUUAUGAGGUCCAAGGAUUGACCAGACUCAAAAAUCUGGUUAUCAGUUACAACAGGAUUCGCACCAUCAAAGGAGACCAGCUCCCUCCAAGUCUUCAGUAUGUGUAUGUUGAAGGGAAUCCUCUGUGGUGCGACUGUCAACUUUUACCUUUCCUUCAGCAUCUGAAUUCCACGAAGACCCUGAAGACGGACGUGCCACUCUGCAGCCCUUCGAAUGACUCUCUUAUAGAAUCCCCAGCGCGCUGCCCUGACGGUUGUCGAUGUUUCUGUACUAACAGUGGAGGCAACCACUACAUUUCUGUGGAUUGCAGCUCCAUAGGGCUCACGCAAUUGCCGCCUCUUUUCUCAGCUGCAAACUCUUCUGCACCAGAACACAACUCUACAUCCCUCGUGAUCUUUUUGAAUCGAAAUAUGGAAGAGAAUGCUUUUUUCUCCGUAAGUGCCACUAUCGUCAUCCAGGAUGAGAUGGGGGGUCUGGACUUCUCUGACAACAACCUGCAGUCAGUGGAAGACGCUCGUCUUCCAGAAGGUACGAAAUACCUCCUCCUAGCUCACAACCUUCUUCGCCAACCUCCCACCUCCCUGCUGUACUCCCUGGAAGAGUUGAACACAGUUACUCUGUCAGACAAUCCUUGGGCCUGCGAUUGCGGAACAACUGGCUUCAAGAGGUGGAUUCUGUCUCAUUCCGACUCCAUUUUAGACGUCAACGAAACUCGAUGUGGCCCCGAUGGACAAGAUUCAUCCGGACUGGCCAACCGAGCCAUCUGGUCUCUAUCGGAUAUAGAUCUCUGCCCAACGGACAUCGAAACCUACAUCUCGGUUUCCAUAGGUGUACUUAGUUUCUUCCUGGUCGCUGCUGCUAUGACAAUUGCGUGGACUCGAUAUGAGUUAAACAUAAAGGUCUGGCUGUAUGCCCAUGGAGUAACUAUGGUCAAAGAGCGAGACAUCGACCGAGACAAGGUGUUCGAUGCCUUCAUCUCUUUCAGCUACAAAGAUCAGAACCUGGUCAUUCCUGAUAUCAUCAACGUGAUCCAGAAAAAAAUGCCAAAUGUCCGGUUGUGCCUCCAUUACAGAGACUUCUGCAUCGGAGAUUUAAUUGAAGAAAACAUUGUCAGAGCAGUGCAAUGUUCCAAGCGGACGGUACUCGUCCUUUCCAGAAAUUUUCUGGAGAGCGAAUGGUGCAUGUUCGAGUUCAAAGCUGCGCACGUGCAGGCCCUAAAAGACCGCGUGAACAGGAUCAUCAUCAUCAAACUAGGAGAUCUCCCCAAAGAAAGUGAGAUGCCUCAAGACAUUCAAAUAUACCUGAAGAGCACUACGUACCUAACAUGGGGAGACAAGUACUUCUGGGACAACCUGUUGUACUGUCUGCCUACUUCCAGUUCACCCCGACCAACCACCACUGUCGAUAUGAACGGCCAGAAGACAAAGUAUCCUGUCCUAGUCUGAUAGAUGCCUGUUGCAGAAUAUUGUGUGAUAUUAUAUGAUAUAAAUCAAUAUUUCACAAUAUUAUACAAUAUUCCGAAUAUUGAUCAGUGCCAUACGAAAUUGUAUAAUAUUUGUGUGCUACUAGGGGUUAAUAUUGUACCUUAAAAAUGUCUUGUGUUGAAAUGGCUUCAUCAGUGCCUCAUCCUUUUGAUGCAAUUUAUCAAUGUAAUGAACAUUUUUAGCAGCAAAUUAUCAUUAUGAAAUGGUUCAAUGAAUUGUAUUAUCAUCUUCUUCAAAGAGCAAAAAAUAAUUUGAGUCGGAUUUCAUUAAAAAUGUGCUUAAAUGAAUUGAAUUUAUCAGAUCUUUGCACUGUUGAAGUAUCGUGUCGAUAUUAUGUAGAAUUUUGGAGCAUUCUACUACUACUGUAAAAUGGUGUGGAAUUAUAUUGCCUUCUUCAAUGAGUGGAAAAUACAGCAACUCAAAUUGUAUUAAAAAUUUUCUGUAACUAUACGAAUUUAUCAAUGCUUUGUUCUGUUGUUGCAUCCUAAUACUAUGACUAAUUUUCAAGAAGAAAAACAACUAUCACAAGAUAGCUUAGUAUGGUAUAUUUUUUCCAAACAAUGAAACUAUGUAAGUUCUUUAUGCAAAAGAAAGCAGUAGAAAUCAAUUUGUUGCAGAACUUUUUUUGUAUCCCAUCGAAAUUGUGGGAUUUUAUAUGAUUGGAAACUGUGAUAAAUAAAUUAACUAUUAGUUAUAUGUUGAAACAGUGUAUUUACUUUUCAUUGUAAAUUGUGUAAAAUGCUCUCAGCCAAGCAAAUAUACAAAAGCAAAGAUUUGUCGGAUUAUUGAUGAUUCGGGUGUCUUAAAAACUUCAAUAAUAUCUUCAACCACUUCAUUGUUAUUUGAAGAUACAAUGUGCAUAAGCACCAAAAUUGAAAACUUUUUGGAGGAGUUAAUGUUCACCUAGAUAAUUUAGAAUUACAUAACAAUGCGAGAUUGGAAAUGCUUAUCAGACAUCAUAGAUGGCGUUGCAAGUAUGCAAGUUUCCGGAGCGUUUCCUAAGGACUCUUCAAUGCUUCAGCAAUCCGUAUCAAAAGUUAAUUAUCUAACCGAUUUUACAUUUGCUCACGAGAAUAGAAUAUGAUCACAAUCAAUUACGUAGCAAUGACGUCACAGCUAACGUCACCAGAUUCAAAAUUUAGAUGCAAUAUACUUAACUAAAUAGAAGAAAAAAAGUUUCCCUCAGCUAUAUAUAUUGAUUGAUGACUAUAUGAUGAUUGAUGUCCUCAAGAUUUUAUUAGUAUUUAAAUAGAAGAAAAUAGUUUGACAUUCCAUUUCUCGUUGUCAUUCAUUUUUGGUUGGGGAAAAAUGUGCGCGUAUUUUAUAGUCGUCCCACCUCAAUUAUAUGGUGUAUUUUGAAUCUAUUGUGAAAGUGUCUUUAACAGCGUUGACACUAAUAUGUAUUUUAGAUCUAAAUUUCUGCUUUUCUGACGCUACUUGUUAAUAAUUACGUUGCCUUCAAUGUGGACAGCUGUAAUGUCAUUGGUUUUAAUCACUGAAUCUUGAUAUAAAAUGCUGAAAUAAAGAUUCUGUCAUGAAACAUUGGGGUAUACAGCAUCAUCUGCCUUGUCUGUCAAGUAUUUCUGACGCAGCAUUGCUAUGUAGUUCCGAGUUAUCUAAAUAUAUCCUAUCCCACUUAGAAGUUUAUAACCCUGGUGCUGUGAUGAACGUUAUGUGAAGGAUUUUAAAGACAUGGCUAAAGAAUGAAUAAUGUGUUGUGCUUUAUUAUCACUACACAGGAUAAAAACAAAUUAAACCAUUAUUAAAACUCCUGGUAACACAUUCAAAGAAUGGUGAAGUUCUCAGUUUGCAUCUGUGUGAUGAAAUGUAACAAUUGUCUUUGUUUUUUAUAUGUUCGAACAACAAAUUCUGUUUGUAAGAAAAAUAAUGAGGUUCACAAACAAAGAAAAUAAGUACAGACAGUUUUAUUUAGAUCAAGCCAUACAGACUAAAUGGUUAUAUAGUUAAUGUAAUGUCAUAGUGAAUUGUGAGAUAUAUGAUCUAAUACAUCAUUCUUACGAUCUGAGAUACGUAUUUUUUCUUUUUCUCCUUUUUUUGCCAGGAAUGUAUAUUGUUUAUUUGAAUACAAAAAUAAAGCUGCUCACAUAUUUGCCGAGAAAUUUGAAAUUAAUUUCUGGAACUAUUUAUACGUAUUGAUAUUGUAUGCAACUUCUGUAAUUAUACAUAAAAGAAUUACAGAUUCUAAUGAAUUAGUGAUGGACUGAACAUGUCAGAACGUUGUGUUGCUCACUUCUUAAAUAGUUGUGUGUGCUAUUUCAUGUUGCUUUCGAGAUUUAAUCACUUCAUUAUAAAUUCUGUUUCUUUUCUGUUUUGUAUUUAUUUCAAUUAUAUGCUCAGAUUUAGUUUGUAUGAACGCUUCAAGUCUUAAACACUAAGAUUAUUUCGCGAUUUUGCUAUGUUGGAAUUUACUGCGUGAAGAUGGCGCAAUAUUUCAUUAUUUUUGAAAAAAUCACAGUUCUGUUAUAUACGCAUAAUUUUCAGUCAGUUGAAUUGUUUAGUUAAGAAUGUAAUCUUCAAUAGAUAAAGUUGUUAUAUUUGCGGGUCUGUUUUUGCAAGGCCGAUGGUUUAGCGGUCAAGUCUUACUUUUGGCUCGAAAUCUACUUCCACAGUGCGCCAUAUAUACAUAUAUGGUACACUGUAAAUUUGAUAUCGUGAGGCAAAUGUUUUUCACAAUGGUAUGGAAAAGAAGCUCGGAGAGAAAUAUACCACUCUCGUUAUCUGACCGCGACUCAAAAUUAGGAAAUUCAUUCCUAUGCAGCUCUAGUAUUGACUCUAAAAGAAUGUUAAUGUAACUAAACAAAGCUAAACAAAAUGUUAUUUUAGAUAUUAUUAUUAUAAAAGAGAAGUAAUUACAAGUGAAUGGUAAGUUUCUCUAUUUUUAAUGUAACGAUGCUGUAAACACAAUUAUUUGUUUUUCCUGUGUCUGUCAAAUAUUGUUCAAAUAUAUUUAACUAAUUCACUGAAUGCUCAUGCCAAAUUAAAAUGUGGCUUUUUUAUCUUAUAGAAAUUGUAAAUACAAUUAUAAGAAUUCAAUAAAGAAAUAUGAGGAAAAUAUUUCGAGGAAAAAUAUCAUUCAUUUCAUUUAAGCAGCAUUUUAAGAUUCUAAUAUCUCAUUAUCCAGCUAAUCUAUCAAUUUUAUAAAUCAAAGACUUAAAAUAUCUAGACAGAAUGUAGAACUUUGUUCCGAUAUAGGAGUAAAUUGGCAUCUUGCUGGUUUAUUGGAAGAAACUGGCCUACUUUUGUGUUUGGCUUGAAGGGAGGCAGGAUGGACUUCCAGAAGUCAACUCGAACACGACGAACAAUUCACUGUUUAAGCGCACAUAAUUAGUUAAUUUUUGAAUACUUCUGGUUAAAAGCACAUGCUGAGAAUAGAACCUAUAUCCUUCUUCUCAUACACAUUCCUCUGACAUGUCAAUUCCAUUAGACCAUUGGGGGUGUUUUAAAGCUUUAUUUUAUCAUAUAAUUAAGUUUGAACUUUAGAAUUAUAUAAGACUAUAAAUGUUAGUUCAUUCACUGUAUGAUUAUUGUGAACAAAAUUAUUUGCUGAACAAUUUUUUUUUUGUAUAUAUCGAAUGUUUUUAUUUUACUUUGAUUUUGUAAGUUUUGUGUAAAAUCCUGUAUAUGUUCGCUUUAAAUGAAUUGCACGAGAUAUUGUAAAUAAAAUGUAAUUAUUGAAAAUCUCUUAGCA